AUGUCGGACAAUAUAUUUACCACGAAAGUAUCUUCCAACUCUACACAUUUCAACCCUAAUACCCGCAUAAUAUGCCGCGUAUGCGAGAAGCAAUUUUCACAAUACACAUGCCCUCGAUGCAAUAUUCGGUACUGUUCUUUGCAUUGUUACAAGUCUCAUAGUCUUCGCUGUACAGAGCCUUUUAUGAGAGGGAAUGUAAUGGAAGAACUGCAACACGUGCAACCUGAUGAAAACAGUAAAUCUAAAAUGCUGGAAAUACUUAAACGAUUCCAUGAGGAUGAGGAGGCAGCUAGCAUCGACGAAGAGGAUUCCGGAUCAUCUUUCUCAGAGGAAACUAUUCAGAAGAUUCUUUCAGGUGAGCAGAUAAAUUUUGAUGAUUUAUCCAUUGAAGAAAAGAAACAUUUCCAAAGAGCCAUUGCCUCAGGGGAGCUCGGCAAACUGAUCCAACCUUGGGAUCCUUGGUGGUUAAAGCUAUCCGCCAAACACAUUGCACUCAGCCCCGACGGGACCCAGUUAGUCCAACCCAUUCCCAACUCAGACAAUCCAGACAGCGAAAUAUGGCCCAACAUCAUCCCACAUGGGCCCGAAAGCCCGUUACCGCCUGUUUCUAAACUCACAUCCUCAAGCCCAUCCCUACUGUUGCCAGUCCACCUCGUGGACAUUAUAUACAGUUACUGCUUCACUCUCCGCCUUUACAACGGUGAAUGGGGAGCGGAUCCUCUGGAUGCUUCCACAGUAGUCCGUACUGUGUCCUCUGUCUUGGGCCGGGCUGGAAAACCUCAAACGGUGUUGGAAGCCUUGCUGGACUGUCUGGAGCGAACGUGCUCACCUGUUUAUAAACAAAUGGGCGGUUUGCGGUUGGGGCUGAGAAUUGUGGAUGAUGUGAUUCGUUUGUUCUGUUUGGGAGGAAAUGCUUUAGUUUGUGCAUUGUGUGAUUUGUGGAAAUUGGUUCAAACGGGCGAACGGGAGCUUAAGUCAGAGAAAAUGAACAAGUCAAAACGGGUUGAGUUGAGGGGAAAGCUCAAGUCAGCCGAGAGGAAAAUCUACUUUGUUAUGUGUUGGGUUCGUGAGCAGGCGAACGAGUCUUGGCCUUUGUUAGCGGGUGUUGUGGAGAAGGAGAAGGAGUUUGCUGUGGAGCAAUCGGGAGGCAAAGGGAGUGGCGUGAAGUUGGAGGGAAAACGGGGAAUAAGUAGUGGUAAGCCGUUGAUUAAGGAGGUUGAGUGA